UGACUGACAUCAGCUCUGUUCUUUCUCUAGUGCUCUUGGUGACAGCGGCAGGACCUGAGCCAUUGAAUUGCUUCACCCAGACCCUGGAAGAUCUCUAUUGUUUCUGGAAUGAAAUGGACGAUGGUGACCCCAGUAAAUACCGAUUCUCCUACCAGUACCUGUACCAGGACGAUAAUGAGAGGAAAGAAUGUCACCUUUCCGUCCAAAGGAUUGGCGGUAACAUGAACCGUUACAUCUGCACACUUCCCACAAUGGAUGUUUCUCUGUUUGCUCCCUUGGAAAUCGAGGUGUCACUGAAUUCGAGUCGGGUCAAGCAGCGGCAGAUCAUCUACAUCAACAACGCCGUUGUCUUAGAUCCACCAUCUAAUGUGACCGUGCAACGGACUGGAAAGCCUGGCCAACUGCAUGUCAAAUGGUUAGCAUCACAGCUGAAGUACUUGGAAAACUCCCUGUUAUAUGAAGUCAACUUCUCUUCCGUCAGCUCCAACGUGCAAAAGGUGGAGACUGUCAAAGGGAAGACAGAAUGCACCAUUCUGAAGCUGAAGCCUCAGACUGAAUACCUUGUCAGUGUCCGCGCAAAGCCCGAUGGAGUCUCCAUAGAUGGCUACUGGACAGAAUGGUCUAAACCUGUGUCUGCCAUUACUGAUUCAGAUUUUGAUCCUUUGAUUCUAACCAUGUCCUUGGUCCUCGUCAUGAUCAUCAUGUUGCUGUUUCUGACCAUCCUCAUGACCCACCGCAGAAUGAUCAAGGAAAAAAUUUGGCCUCUGGUGCCCUCCCCUGAGAACAUGUUCGAUGGAUUGUUCACUGUGUACCGGGGGAAUUUCCAGGAGUGGCUGAACUGGAGCAGCGCACAGGUCUGGUGGAACCUGCAGUUCUUCAGCACCGACGAGAUAGCCAGCGCCCUGGAGAUUUUGUCCGAGACAAAGACAUUUCCUCUGGGUCUGCCCGCAGCCAAGCAUCAGGAGGGCUUCCUGGAUGAGCGGAGCUGCCUGGUGUCCGGGCCCAACCUGUUCAAGCCGCAGCGAGACAAAGGCCUGGUGGGUGAAGGCAAGCCCACUGCUGGAGCACCAGAAGGACCCGACACCAGGGAGGUCUAUGUUGUCUUGAAUCAGAAUUUCUUCGCCGGUCGCCCCUCUCUGCCCGACACCUGCAGCCUCACGCAGAGCAGCAACGAUGUCUCGGACGAAGAGAUGCCUUUGACGUUGUUGUUCGAGGGUUCCAGACCGGGCUCCGAGGACGACAAGUCGUCCGUCGGAGAGAACUCUUCGGGGCGAGACUCCAUCUCACGUCAGUCAUCACUGUCGAGCAGGAUCGAGUUAGGGACUCCUGAGCAGCAGGUGGCUUUCCACUCUGACCCCAGUGGACAAUUACUUUACCUGAGUCCCUUAAGGUUCAAGUUGGAGAGUGACAGAAAUUAUCCGUACCUUCUGAUGUCAGACUCAGGGAUUUCAGCUGAUUUCAGCACCACAGACGUCCCAUCACACAGGAACACAGCAAGCUCAUACACAAAUCUCUACAAGAGGGAAGAUCUCCCGAAGUGCUUACACACUGCACACCUGGAAUCUUGAGAUCUACUCGAUUGGCCAUGAAAGAUCUUCCCCCAUCACUUUACUUGUGUGAGCUGCCUUACAGCUGAGUUCACAUUGGGAGGGUCUCAAGAUUGUCUUGUUGUUUCAUGUCGUUCAAUUGAGCUGGAAGGACAGGGCGAGUAAAUUUGCUACCGUGCCCGGAUAAUAAAGUAAUAUGCCACACGAAUGUGAGUGCAAGCAAGCAGUGGGACCUUACUCAGAUCAAAGAGGUUAGCACGACACUUUAGAGACAACUAUCGGUCGUGACAGACACAGUUCCUGCUCGGAAUCGUUCAACUAAUCCCAGGAGGAAGGGGUUGGCGAGAGGGAUAGAGAUGUGGGCUCAUGUACGCACUACAGAACGGGCAGACAGAGGAGGCAAUGGCACCAGCUCGCUACAGAGAAAGAGGAAGGGUGACAAGGUUCAGACCAUCGCCAGGGAAUGUUCACUUCAGAGAAGAAAGCAGAGACUGUGAAGACAAACCCCUUUAUGUGGAGUGUAUUAAUGGCUCAAUCUCACGUGACAGUGUUUGAAUGUGCAGUGACAUGAAGAUGUGAAUGCUUGUCAGAGUUUUGAGGUGUGUGAACACUGAUCAGGAAGGCUCUACAAUACCCCCUUUCCCCCACCCUGACACAUACUCUCUCACACACGCACAUACACACACACACUCACUCAUACUUGCUCUCACACUCACUGGCACACAUACACUUUCUGUCUCACUCAC